AUGGCGGAAAGCAAGACCGCCGCCGCCACAGACACAAUAGUGGUCGAGAGCCCUUCGUCAUCGUCAAUCGCUGCCAACGAGUUUCACGAUGGCAGUCAUGAAGGCAAAAAGGCUUUUCUCGCCUCAUUCACCGCCGAAGAGGACAGGGCCAUCAGGCGUAAAGUGGACCGAAAGUUCCUCCUGCUUCUCGGCCUUAUAUACCUGUUCAAAAACAUCGACUACACGAACGCAGCCAGCGUAAAGGUUCUACAGGUUGGAGAGCCAAGCAACGUGUUGAAUGAACUUAAGAUGUCGGCAAACGAGUACAACUGGGUGCAGUCAAUCUACUAUAUCGCGUACAUCCUGUUCGAGGUGCCAUCCAACCUGCUCCUAAAGAAGACGAGUCCGCGUAACUGGCAAACGCGCAUUAUCGUGUCCUGGGGAACCGUUCUGGCUUGCCAUGCAGCCGUCAAGAACAAAGCAGGCCUGUACACUGCCCGGUUCUUCUUGGGCGCCAUGGAGGCCGGCAUGUUUCCGGGUCUCGCUGUGCAACUGUGUUCGUGGUAUAGAGCGGAUGAGAUCCAAAAGCCUUUCAUGUGGAUGUUCGCCAUUCAAAACACAUCCGGAAUCGUUGGGUCCUUGGUUGCGUACGGCGUGUCUUACAUGAACGGACUCGGUGGUCUUAGCGCAUGGAGAUGGGUGUAUUUGCUGGAGGGCAUCGCGACUAUUCUUUUCGGCGGCGUGGUGUGGGCAGUGCUCCCGGAUUAUCCCAAGUCGCCGCGAUCCAACAGCUGGCUCACACCACGAGAGCAAGAAUAUCUGGAGGCGCGGCUGGCGGACAAUGCUCCCAAGACACACGAGCCGUCGUUUAGAAAGACCGAGGUCAUGGCUGCGCUGAAAGACUUGCGGACCUACUCCUUCAUGCUCAUACACUUUACCAUGAACUUGGCGGGCUACGGACUGACGUGGCAGCUUCCUACCAUCACGACGGCUCUCGGAUAUGCAGGGCUUCCGCGCAAUCAGCUACUGAACAUUCCCCCGGCAGCAGGAUCGGUGCUGUGCAUCAUCUUUUGCGGAUGGUUCCUGCGACAGGCGUACCUGACGCGUCCCAUGUUCGUGAUGAUGAUCAACGUGAUCAUGCUGAUCGCCUACGGCGUUUUGGCGGGGGUGUCAUCCAGGGUGGCUGUCUACACAUGCAUCGUGAUCGGAUACGCAAUGAGCGCGGCAAUCUGCGUUCCGUUCUUUACAUGGCGGUCGUCGACGCUGAGCGGGGCGACAGGUGCAGCGUUCGGACUCGCGCUGCAGAACUGCGUUGGCCAAGUGGGCGGGGUGGUGGGGCCCCAGCUGUUCCAAGACAAGUACGCGUACAACGGGUACAAGGUGCCGUUCGCCAUCUGCGCAGCCAUGUGCGGGUCCACGUGCUUGGCGAUUGCUUGGAGCUGGUGGUUGACCAAGGACCUCGAGCACGAUAUCCGCAGGAUCAGGCGGCUUCGACUGAAGGCGGCCAAGCAGGGCGAAGUGUAUGCCGACGACGAUGUCGACAUGAGCGGACAGCGCAAGUUUUUCAAUGGGUUGCGGAAGAGGGCGGAGGUGUAG